UUGUAGACAUAUACAUGGUACACUGUCCCACACGCAGAAUUGAUACAUUAAAUCGUUUUUUGGCUGCUUUUAUAAAAUGGUCAAUAAGUGCUGCAUAAAAAAGUGUCGUGUUAAAAAAAACGAUAAACUAUCUGUUUUUCGAGUACCAAAGAAUGAGGCAUUAUUCAAGAAAUGGGUCCAUAUCCUGUCACUCGUAGAUGUAGUUUUGACAAAAAAUAGUUUUGUUUGUGAAAACCACUUUGAAAAUCAUGACUUAAUAAAGGAAAAAAUAAUCACCGACACCAGUGGAAAAGUACUAUUUCAUACUAAUUUGAAGAAGAGACAUUUGUCAGAAUCGGCUGUACCUACAAUCUUUGGCUCUAAAAGAAUCAAGAUCGAUGACACGAGUGGAUCUAUUGAAGUGUCCACUGAGAAUGCAGGUACUGAAAGUUUAUCACCCAGCUAA